AUUGUAAUUUAUUUUAAUAUACUGUUCUAUUGCUAUAUUAGUUAAUUGCAAAGGAUAGAAAGCUAUACAUAAGUAAGCCAAGUUUUUCAUUUUUAAGCCUGGUUUAUGUGUUAAAUAUUGUUUAACAAUGAGGUGCAGCGUUCAAAAUUGCAAUAAUGACACCAAGAAAACAACCAAGACCCAUGGAAUCACGUUUCAUUUAUUUCCUAAAGAUCCCGAACAACGUGCCGCCUGGGUAAAAGCAAUGGGAGUCACCGACUGGAAGCCAAAAGAUCGUAGCACAAUUUGCUCGGAACAUUUUGACCCUGAGGAUUUUUAUCAAACUAGUUGUGGACUGAGAAAAGUGCGAGUUGGUGCCGUACCUGUUAUUGCACUGAAUACUGUUGAUGAUUUAGAAGCGCCAGCAGCAAUGAGAGUAUGCAGAAUUUGCCUGGUAAAGAACACAAGGAUGUACCACUUCAAUCAGUACAAAUUGGAGCAAGCUUAUGAGCAAAUCAUUGGAAUGCCGCCAAGCCAGGACGACAGGCUACCCCAAAAAUUGUGCUGGGAGUGCGCCAUUCGGUUACUAAACAGUUGCAAGCUUAAAAGUAAAGCGAUGCGUAGCCAGAGCCUUAUGUUAGAUUUGCUUAUAAGCAAUAACUACCUAACAGUCGAAGAUAUAAAAACAAUAAACAGAUCUCAACACAAGCUAAAAUCGUCAUUAUCUAUAAGAAUAGACGAACCAAAUCGUUACGACGUGCUAUUAAAGCACAAACAGGAAUUUGUCAAGACAGAAUCCACUGUAAUCGACGGUCUGAAAGUCGAAAUUGAGGAUACCAAUGACAUUGGUGACAAUGACGUAAGCGAUAUGGGUAAAGAUAUAAGCGACAUUGGUAAUGAUAUGAGUGAUAUUGGUCAUGUGAAUGACAUAAGUAAUGAUAUAAGCGACAUUGGUAACAUAAAUGACAUUGGUAACGAUAUAAGCAGUGACUCAAGUGCAAGAUGUUUGAUACCGACUUUGGUUGAAAUUGAUAUAAAGAAGAAGAAAUUAAAGUUAAAUAAGCAUAUAAAAGCAGUGAAGAAAGUGAAAAACAAGGAAAAAGAACCUCAAAAGAGCGUUGAAGAUGAAGACCCUGAAGUUACAAUGGACAAGUACAAAGUAACGGAAAUUAAGCGUAGAAAGAUCGACCACCUGGACGAGUCGUUGUUCACGAUAACGACUCUGACAUACGAAGAGCAAAUGCGCGAAGUGCAACAAAGGCAGGAGAGCUCGAGCUACAAAAACGCCCCGUUCAAAUGUCACGUGUGUUACAGAGGGUUCCUCGUCAGGGACCGGUAUGACGCUCAUGCUGUUAGGCAUAGCGAGACCAGUGGUGCGUUUGAAUGCUUCAUCUGCAAGACUCGGUUAAAAACGGGCCGGGCACUUAGAAAACACCUCACGGCACAGCACACUGAGAAGUUCAGUUGCAAGGGGUGCCCAUUUGUCACUAGAAAUAGAGGUGUAGCAAGGGAACAUGAAAAAUGGCACGGAGGAGCUAGAUAUCAAUGCCCGCACUGUCCUAGCGAAUUCGAUAAACUAACAACUUAUAUGGGACAUAUUAGAAUCAAACACGUAUCCGAUUUCGUAUGCGAGUUGUGCGGAUACACGUUUGUAAGCAAAAAAGGCAUUGAUGUCCACAAGAAGAAAAAGCAUCGGUUGAUUGAUAAGACCACAACACUAGAAGGCCCGUACUGCGAAGUGUGUGACGUGAAAUUCGUGUCUGAAGAGGCCCACGCGAGACAUAUGAAGCUGUCCUCACGACACAGUAGUGAUAAUGACCCGAACCGUAUAAGGAAUGAUUCCCAAAGCAUGAACGCAGAGAAGAACGGUCGAGUGAUGAGAAAAAUCGAGAGGAGGCCGGUGAUACACCCAAGAGACCCCGCUGACAAAGAUAGGAGAGCUGAACCAUCCGGACCAGUCACAUGCGAGCAGUGUGGCAUCCAACUGCGCGAUUUGCGACUUUACGCACAGCAUUUCAGAAGAUCCCACCCUGACAAGAACAGAACCAAGUACCCUGCUAUGAAAACGCCCUGUAUGUGUGAACAGUGUGGUCGGAUAUUUCAGAGCAUGGCCCUUUUAAAAGACCACAUGUGGGUGCAUACAGGAGAGAAACGCUUCAAAUGCGACCGAUGCGACAAGUCCUUCACACAGAAGACCAACCUGGUCUUCCACAUGCGAGUCCACAGCUCGACGCGGCCUUCGUACGAGUGUCCACUAUGUGGAAAGCAUUUCGCGUUCUUCAACAACCGACGGAGACAUAUGUUUAUUCACACGGGCCUGAAACCAUUCAAAUGCGAAACAUGCGGCAAAACCUUCACCACAUCUGGCGAGCAACGAGCUCACGUCGAACAUGUGCACAUGAAGAAACCCUGGCCCAAACGGGCUAGAGCUCAAAGGCAGGGCGCCCAUAUGCCGCCGCCGCAAGAUCCUGAUUUGUGGCAGCAAAAAUGUGUUAUGCCACCUUUGGAAGAUUAAAUUGGGCCAAAAGUGCAAUUAAAGUGGCCCGAAGUAGUGAUAUCUUUGGCCCAAAUGUGUGGUUUCUGUGGCCCAAAAUUGUGUGAUUGGAGUGGCUUAAAUAUUUAUAAUAAUAUGUAGUCGCUCAAGUCAAUGAAUGAGCGAAUAUAGUGGCCCAAACGAAAUAAUGGAGUUUCUCUAAACUAUGGAUGUAGUGGCCGUAAUUAAUGAAUGUGGUAAAAGUAUAAUGCAUGGUAUAGGUAAUGAUUACAUUAAUUAUAGUACACCAUAGUAAAUUAUAACUAGAGUUUGUAGAAAGAUGUAGAUUUUUGAAAUUUUUUAAAUAAGUAAAUUGUAGGAAAUAAAUUUAAGUACUAGUGGAUAGUGGAAUUAGCAAUAAAAUUUCCACUAAUAUUAUAUACCAUACAUGAAGUGUCACAAAAUAAUUUGUGAAUUAAGCGGCCCAUUGGAGUGAUUAGGAUUGCCCAAAUGAAUACAAUAGUAGGCUCAAUUGAUAAGUGAAUUGGCCCAAACCGAGUAAGUUAGAUUUGUAUAAAUAUAACAAUUUUAAUUAAUAAGUAUUAUAUACUCAUAUGAUUUACAAUAAAACAAAACUGGAUCUCAUAACAAUAAAUAAAGUAUUCUAAUGUAGGUUUAUUAGGGUUUAAUAUUUAUUGUAUUAAAUUAUAGUAUUUGUAUAACGACGCGAAACUCAAGAUUUUUUACGCUUUUUAUAGUACUUGAUAUUUAGAGAGAAUUAGUGCGAGGUAUUUGACUACGCCGCUGAUGAGUAGAAUCGAUAGCCAUAAAGUAUAAUCUGCCUUUUUUGAAGACGGAGUAAAAUGACAGUUCAUUACGCAAAAGUGUUACCCGCUUGCGAGCAGCUAGUGAUUGCGGUCGAUAAAUAUUCUAUCGAUUAUCGACUGAAUGUUGGUCACGCUUAUGGAACAAAUAGCCGAACUUGUUUCAUUUUAAUCAUCCUCGACCCAUUAUUCAUCCAAUUACUGAGCACAAAUUCAUUUGAAUUUUCAAUUUUUGUAAGAUCAUACAUACGUA